UAAAAGCAAGUGGAUUUCCAUUCACCAUCAUCAUUCUUCAACAGUUCUUCCUACGUCAAACACCGAAAUCACCCAAAAUGAAAGUACUCGCUCUGUGUUUCGUAAUUGCUGCGGUUGGCGUUGCCGCCGUCCCGCAAUACUACCAGCCCCAGUGGCAGCAACAGCAGUGGGAGCAGCAACAGUGGCAACAGCAGAUGCAGUGGCCCCAGCAGCAGCAGCAGCAGAUGAGCCCGGACGGUUACAGGAUUGUGCCAGGAGUCGUCGAUACCCGUUGCCCGCGUAUGGAUGACCCGAUCAACCCAACCCAUCUGCCCGUCAACGGCGAUUGCCGCAAGUUCAUGAAGUGCUACGGAGGCCGUGCCUACGAGCAUGAAUGCCCCGCCGGACUGGAGUUCGGAAUCCAGGUUAACCGGUGCGACUACCCAGAGCUGGCCCGUUGCAGCUUCAACUAUGGAUGGUAAUUGUUCUACUCAUAGAAUGUGAUCUUGUUUUGUAACAACUGGAUAAAUAAAGCAAUGUCGAAUGGCGUAAUGUUUCACCCCUUGCAACCACGAGGAUUGAAAUGUAACCUUUGACAACAUGUUCUAAUCUUGCAUA